CCGCCAAAGCAGCUGGGUUUACAAGAGUUCUAUGACUACGUAAAGGCACAGUUAAUAGCCAGCAAAGGAUACCCUGUCGAAGAGUACGACAUCAUGACGAAAGACUGGUACGUCAUCACUGUGCAAAGAAUACCGGCUGGACGAGGAGGAAUUUCUGGUGGAAUUGGAAAACGAAAGCCAGUCGUAUUUUUGAUGAGCGGAUUGGAAGGCUGCAGUGCGGACUAUGUGGUGAACAUGCCGCACCAGAGUCUCGGUUUCAUCCUAGCUGACAAUGGCUUUGACGUAUGGAUUGGCAAUGUGAGAGGCACCAAGUAUUCGCGCCAUGUCUUCCUAAAAAAGAAAAACAGAGAAUUUUGGAACUUCUGCCUCGACGAAAUGAUUCAGUAUGACCUACCAGCGCAAAUAGACGGGAUACUGUACUAUACUGGGGAAGCAGCCCUGCAUUUCGUUGGAUGGUCUCAGGGAGGUGGAAUAAUGUUCGGUUUGCUUGCCGAUAGGCCCGAAUACAACAAAAAGGUCAAACUUCUCCACGCUUUGGCACCAGCAGUUUUCAUGGGUCACAUGACCGCGCCAGUCAGAUGCUUGAUUAACAUGUCGAAUCCUGUUCUGAAAAUUGCAGACUUGUUCUUCAGAGGAACAGUGACGGGAAGAAACGAGCAACUUCUAAACAAAGUGAAAUUAUUGUCCUGCAGAAGUGUUCGACCAGAUGGCCUGUGCAAUGCGAGCUUCAUCCUUAUGAACGGAGGAUAUCCCAUCGACAUGAACACGACGAGGCUACCUGUAUACUUGGCGAACGACCCUGCAGGAACGUCAGUGCGCAACGUCCUUCACUUGGCUCAGGUGACAAUGGCGAAUGAAUUUCGAAAGUUUGACUGGGGGCCACUUAAGAACAAACGCAUAUACGGACAGAAACGUCCACCGUUGUACGAUAUCAGAAAAGUCACGGCUCCAGUGGCCAUCUACUGGGGCGACGGAGACCGUCUCACAACUCCACGUGACAUAGAACGUCUGAUUCAAAGCCUGCCCAAUGUCGUACUUGUUUAUAAAGUACCAGUGCCCGGCUUCACGCACCUGGAUUUCGGCUGGAGUAUCACGGCAUGGCAACACCUUUACAAAACAAUUGUGAAAAUGAUCAAACUAUACCCGUAAAUAAACGUCCCUGCAU